AUGUGGAAAGCUGUCGUGGGACACGAUGUGUCGGUGAAGGUUGAGACUCAGGGAGAUGACUGGGACACGGACCCUGAUUUUGUGGUGAGUGUCUGCUGUUGUUAUCCAUAACGUUAUCCAUGGUGGUGUGAAGGGCUCACUGGCCCUGGGCAUGUGCUGCACGUGCUCAUCCACCAGCUGAGGAGCAAGGUGUCAGAGGAACAUGAGGUCAUCAAGAAGAAGGAGCUGGAGACUGGCCCCAAAGCCUCCUAUGGCUACGGGGGGAAAUUUGGAACAGAGCGGGACCGAAUGGAUAAGUGCGCGGUGGGCCACGAGUACGUCGCUGACGUUGGGAAGCAUUCCUCGCAGACAGAUGCCGCCCAGGGCUUUGGGGGCAAGUACGGAGUCCAGCGGGACCGCGCUGACAAGUCAGCGCUGGGCUUUGAGUACAAGGGUGAGGUGGAGAAACACUCAUCCCAGAAAGAUUACUCCAAGGGCUUUGGUGGCCGUUACGGCGUGGAGAGGGACAAGGUGGACAAAGCAGCAGUGGGAUUUGACUACAAGAGCCAGGCGGAGAAGCACGACUCCCAGAAAGACUAUUCUGUGGGCUUUGGUGGGAAGUUUGGUGUCCAGAGGGAUCGUCAGGACAAGAGUGCCCUUGGCUGGGACCAUCAGGAGGAUGUGCAGCCCCAUGCAUCCCAGACAGACUAUGCCAAGGGAUUUGGAGGCCGUUACGGGGUCCAGAAGGACAGAGUAGAUAAGAGCGCUGCUGGCUUCAGUGAGAUGGCAGCUCCCACCCCAUCUUAUGAGAAAACGAGGCCAGUGGAGGCAGGAGCUUCCAGUGGCACCAGCAGCCUGCGGUCACGAUUUGAGAACAUGGCUAAGUCAGCGGAGGAGGAGAGCAGAAGGCAGGCCGAGGAGGAGCGGGUGAGGCGGCAGGCCCGGGAGUGCCAGGCGGCGCGGCGGAAGGAAAUCCCACAGAGGGAGAAGGACCAGACAGAGGCAACCUCUGCAGCCCUGCCGGCCAGGGUGCCUGGGGGCACUGACCGAGAGCGGGCUGCGUCACAAGGAGUGCAGCAGGAUGCAAAAAGGGAGGAUGAGGAAACACCACCCACUUUGCCACCAAGGCCAGCAGAUCUGGGUGAAGAGCUGUGCAAGAUCCCCAACCAGGAUCAGCCCAUCUACAGUGAAAGUUUGGAUGUCAGCAGAGACUAUGAGGAGCUGCCAGAGCCGUCUGACUACUGUGAUGGUACCAGUGGAGGUGCUGACUAUGAGGAGCUGCCAGCAUCCUUGGAAAAACCAGAUGCCAUCUAUGACCAUGGUGAAGACGGAGAUGAUGACUAUGAGAACAUCCUUCCUGAGGAGCCCAGCCAGAGCCAGCCCCACCUGGGGGAAACGACCAAUGUUUAUGAGGUGGAGUACACUGGAACCUGUGCAGUGGCUCUCUAUGAUUACCAAGGAGAUGGAGAUGAUGAGAUUUCUUUUGAUCCUGAUGACACAAUCACACACAUUGAGAUGGUGGAUGAAGGCUGGUGGCGGGGGCAGUGCCGGGGCAAAGUGGGCCUCUUUCCAGCAAAUUACGUGAAGCUUCUGUAGUGAAACCAGCAUUGUCCAAGAUCCUUCCUUCCAAACUUUUGCCUGUCUCUGCUUCAGCCUUUUAGUAUUAGCUUAAUUUGGCUUGGCCUGGUGAGUCUGCAUGCAAGAAAUGCCAAGGAGCAAACUGGCAGUGUCUGAGGGAACGUUCUGGCCUGUGCCCAAGAGGACUUUGGUUCCCAUCUACUUCCAGAUGGGAAAAGUGGGAUGGUUUAAGAGCAUACAAGUGCGAUAUAAGAUGUCUGUUCUACCUAGGCUGUCCCACACGUCAACCAGCAAGCUUUCAGAAGUGUGUCCAUUCCUGUUUCAAACAGAGCAAUUCACAGAAAAACACAAACUCUAAUCCAGUCCAGGCAGAAGGGACAUGAACUAUGGGACCUUUUUAAGUUGUUGUGGCCCCGAAUCUCAUUCUUCUCAGGGGUCAAUGAGAGGAGCACGGUGAAGGCCAAACUUGCUUCUGUUCUUCAGAAGGGUUUCCACUUGCAGGAUGAACCCUGUUUGCAGCAUGGGGCAAAGAACAUGAACCUGGUCUGUCUGGGCAGGUUCCAGGGCUGGGGCCUGGGAACAUUGACCGUCGCAGUGAACGCUGCGGACUUGUCCUGCGCACGGGCACAAGCUGGGGGCUGUAAUGAGCUGCUCCACACAACAAGAGAAGUGUGUGCUAGCACAAUGCAACUGUAGGAUGAACUUGCUAAGGUAGGAGAUUACUUGCUUGGUUUUCCUCUACAAGUGAAGAGCAGUGUUGGGACGUGUGAUUUCUGGGGUAAAACGUGAAAAAGGAAGUGUAGAAAUUACAUUGUUUUCUGAGAAAAAUUAUUCUGGAAAAUCUUCCUUGGAGCAAGAGAAAAUACUAAAAGGCUUCACUUAGCAAAGAAUAUGUUAAUCACUGUCUUGGUCCUCAUCCCAGCAGCCCAUCAGAGGAAUGUUCUGCUUGGGAAAUCCUUUCAAUCCAGCAAAUCAAUCGGAACAAGUGCUGCUUGAUACAGGCAGUAGAAUGUUAAAAAUGCUCCAUUUUUUCUGUUAGCUGGUUUGACAGUUUAAGUAAGCAGGCACAUGCAGGUGGGUGGGAAGAACUGUCCCCCAGCUUGUCUCUGGCCAGAGGGCUCUGUUCGGCUUUGCAGCCGGUGCCAAAGGCAGGUUCUCCAUCCUUGUGUUUGGCUCAGCCUGUUCUCUGCUGUUGGCUUUGAGUCCCUCUGGUGAAGCCAGGGCUCCCCAGUGUGGCAGUGAAUUAGUUACAACCUCACAGGCCUUUGCAGGACUCACAAGAUAAGAAAUACUUGCAGGUAAUGGUCUCACCAGUUUAAUUAACAAAGGAGUGAAUUAUUUGUUAACCGGUGUGCUGGCUAGAGCCUCCUUAUCUGAAGAAUGCUAUCCUUAUUUACAACAUCCUGCUUGUCUGACAGUUUGAUGAAGAAUGAGUUGCAUGACCUAAGGUGUAUAAACGGUGUGACUGCCCCAUUUGGGCAGAGUUCAGGUCAUAAGUGUCUGUCACUGCUGGGCUGUGCUCUUCCUCAGAGCUGCAGUAAUAAACUGCUUCUGUUCUGGCCUAAAA